CAUGCUGCCCUGCUCUCUGAUCCAUAUACUCGACGCCCGAAGCAAGCCGUCCGCAUUCAACCCUACCAUUUGAUACGACGCAACUCAACACAACCCGACGCGACUGGAAUCAUCACCUCUCAAAACCCCCCUGGCAAUGAUAUGCCUUCCCGCCCGGCUUCCCGCACCCCACCCUCUCGGUCCGUGAGCUCCGACCUCACUUCGGAGGAGAAGGAAAAGGCCGAUCUGGUAACGGCCGCUUGCCGCGACCGCAACCUCGAUACAUUGAUCCACCUGGCCACCACCCGUCUGGGCCUCGUCUCCGAUCCUCUGCGCCGCACUGCGUGGCCUAUACUGCUAGGAUGCCCCGACCCAAACCGCCCUCGAGAGCGGGAUCCCGACAAGGAUGCGGAUAACGAUGACACAAGCCCCCGCGAACCACCCCAUCUCGACCAGCCGUCGGCCAACGUGCUGCCUCGCCACAAAGAGGAAGAGCAGGUGGCCCUCGACGUGCACCGCGCAUUCGUCUUCUACCCCAAGAACGAGUCAGAGAAACAGCUCGAUCGCCGGAAAGAAGAGCUGUCCGACCUCAUCAUUCACGUCCUCCGCCACCACCCUACAUUGAGCUAUUUCCAGGGCUACCAUGAUAUUGCCCAGGUCUUCUUGCUUGUCUUGGGCCCCCAAGAUGCCCCCGCCGCCGUCGCCCGCCUCAGUCUGUUGCGCAUACGUGACUUCAUGCUAUCCAAGCUGGAACCCGCCAUGUCCCAACUGGAGCUGCUCCGACCUCUCAUAGCAACCGCCGAUCCUCCCCUCUACAACCACCUUCCCAAGCACCGACCGGCUUUCGCUUUGGCCGGCACCAUCACCCUGUUCGCGCAUUUCAUACGGGAGUACAAGGAUGUAGCGCGCCUCUUUGAUUUCUUCCUUGCCCAACAUGCUGUGAUACCCAUUUAUUUUUUCGCUGCCGUCGUUCUAUCUCGCAGGGACGAGAUUCUAGAGAUCGAUCAGGAGGACGAGGACAUCAUGUCGGCCAUUCUCGGAAAACUGCCCGAGCCGUUCGACAUUGAAUUUCACAUCGCCCGCGCCGUGGAGCUUUAUGAACGGCUCCCACCCGAGUCCUUGGUGGGCUGGGAAUGGUGGCGCAUUUCCUCUUCCAGCGUCCUCAAAACGUCCCCCACGCCUUUCCACUUAUCUCAGACUUCGCUGGAGGAGGGCGAGAAACUGCUUCAGAAGCAGGAGAAGGAGAUUCGGCAUCGCCAGACUUGGGAUAAUGCGACUGUCCGUGUCAAGAUGGUUAGGCGCCAUCUCUGGCUCUACAGGAGGCACGGUGCUGUCGGUGUCGCCAUCAUCAUUGGUGUGUAUGCCAUGUGGCUCGGUCGCGCGCACACACGGCCUGGCUUGUCGCCCGUAGUAGACUUGUUGAAGAAACUCGCCGGGGCACUGUUGUAG